CCGACGCAGUUGUCACAACACACAGAGACACAACACAAAUCGCAGUCGAAGCGCAGUUUUCUCGAUCACUACCAGUAAAUUAACCGUUUAUUGAGGCGAAAAUGAAGUUCCAGUACAAGGAGGAGCACGCCUUCGAGAAGAGGAAGACCGAAGGAGAGAAAAUCAGAAGGAAAUAUCCAGACAGGGUUCCGGUGAUUGUGGAGAAGGCCCCCAAGGCCCGUAUCGGCGAUGUCGACAAGAAAAAGUACCUGGUACCGUCCGACUUGACGGUCGGACAGUUCUACUUCUUGAUCAGAAAGAGGAUCCACUUAAGGCCUGAAGAUGCUUUGUUCUUCUUCGUCAACAAUGUCAUUCCCCCCACAUCUGCCACAAUGGGAUCUCUUUACCAGGAACAUCAUGAAGAGGACUUUUUCCUGUACAUCGCCUAUUCGGACGAGAAUGUGUAUGGCAACAAAUAAACUGCAUUAUUAACAUAACAACUGAAAUCCAUUAUAUGAAUAUUAAUUUUUAUUUUUACAAUACUUUUAAAAUAUAACUGUUCUUAGUUGUGAUAAUUUUUAAUCUCUGAUUUUGGGUUUUUAUAUCAGUGGAAACGUUUUGAGUAAUAUUGUAUAAAAAAACAAAAUGUACGUUGUGCAAAAUAUUUCUAGACGUAUCGUUUGUAAGUUCUUUAAUAAUUAGAUUUAGUGAGCACACAAUUGUAUAUUUUUUCAGCAGUGUGAGUGAGGAAGGAUCGAAGAAAAGAUCGAUCGAAGAGAAGAUGGACGAUGGCAUUUUAUAACUUUUCGUUAGAUUUAGGCUCAUAGUAUUUUUAUUUGUGACUGGAAAAUAACGGAAAAUCUCGAAAAAAAACUAAUAAAAUCUCAAAAAACUC